ACCAAUAGGCGUCCUGCAUCCACCCUUCUGUUCCUUAUAAUUAGAGGUUUAACCGCGCUGGCUCGUUGGGUUACAUCAGUUUGCCUUGAGUUGCAAUUGCUACAAGGAUCCCGUCUCUACGGAGCAGAGUGAUGUGUGCAUAGUCUGAGCUUUAAAGAUUAAAUCGUCUUUUGUGUGUGUGUGUGUAAGUUAAGCAUUUUUGUUUUGAAAGAAUGAGCGGGAGCUAUGAGAAAAAGCUGCCGGGUCUUUUGACGGACAUCCAGAGUUCGAUGGGAUGUCAUCCCGCGAAAGAUUCGCCAACUCUUCCAGAGUCUACGGCGACAGAUGUUGGUUACUAUAACCCGCAGAGCUGUCACCCCCCGCACGACUACUACACGACUUCAGCCUAUUCCCAACCUGUGAACCACUAUCCGUAUCACCAGUUUAACCUGAACAAUCUUCCGGGGCCUGGCUCUUACUCGGAGAAGCCCGAGUACGCUUACAACAACUCGUACCGCCAGUAUGGCCAUUUCCACAGAGAUCAUCAAAUAUCCGCGGCUGAGAGAGUUUCAGUGAAAGAAGAGCCGGAUCCCGAAGUGAGGAUUGUCAACGGGAAACCCAAAAAGAUCCGAAAACCGCGAACUAUCUACUCCAGCUUCCAGCUGGCCGCUUUGCAGAAACGUUUCCAAAAGGCCCAGUAUCUGGCGCUACCUGAGAGAGCGGAGCUUGCGGCUUCCCUGGGUCUUACGCAAACACAGGUGAAAAUUUGGUUUCAGAAUAGACGAUCCAAAUUUAAGAAGUUGUAUAAAAAUGGGGAACUCACAAUGGAGCACAGUCCCAACAAUAGUGACUCAAUGGCAUGCAAUUCACCUCCUUCUCCGGCUAUCUGGGAGAGUCACAGCACAACUAGGAAUCCCCUCCAGCAUCAGACCCCACAUCAUUCUUCUCAGAACUACCUGGAAGACUUCAAUCACUGGUACCCAACACACCCUUCAGACUCUCACUUAUCAGCAACAAAUUCACUGCACCAGCCCCCAGCUCAGAGUACUGGAGCAGUCUAUUAAAACUUUUAUUUUAACUUCAAAAACUUUUGAACUUUUUGCCAUUUACUUUUUUUGGAAUGCCAACGUCAACCUACGUGUCUCCAAUGCCUUUUAACACUAGGAGUGAAAGCUCCUUAAAGAAUGAAUAAUAAAAUUCGACACCCAUACUUCAUGAAGAAUCGGGGUGGAAAUGAAUUGGUCAGCAGCAUAACUCAUUCAUUUACAGACACCCCACAUCCCCUUUUGCAUGUGUAGUGAUGCACUUCAGUUGUAAAUAAUAUCAAAAACUGUAUAUCAAGAAGAAAAAAUCUGAGCAUUUUGUAACUCUUGUUUGUUGUCAGAUGCUUAUUGCAUACCGAACUGUUUUUCUCAAUUUCAGUAACAAGUAAUAUUCUACAUUCUUUGCCUGUUUUAUUAUGUUAUUUAAGGGUUUUUUUGGUUAAUUGGAGUGGUUAAAUUAUUACUGCCUGUAUAUUAUUAGAUUAGCAGUCAGUUUGUUUAAUGUAGCAGAUAUAAGGUAUCAAUUUGAAUUAUGUCCAAUGCAACAUGAUAAAAACAACAUGGAACUUACCGUAAAAUAGGAACUCAAUUUGCAAUAGAUAAUAUGAUGGAGUACAACAUUUCUGAUAAAUAAUAGGAACUGUAUUUAUGAUAUUAUGUCUAAAAUUAUCAUUUUUUCUAAAAUAAAAUGUACAUAACAUUUUACACAUCAAUUGUAGAAUAAUAAUUAAGAAACAUCAUUGCGGGUAAUUUUCAAGAUCAUGUAUGGCACUGCGAGGAAUUCCUCAAAGUGACCCUACAUUUCUUUGGAACAAAUUGGAUUGUAAAGGAGACUCAGUGGACAAUAACCUCUAUUGUAACUUACGGUCUGUUUUGUAAUAAAAUAUUUUAAAUGUUUGAUGAUAUUCUUGAGGAUAAUGUUAAUAAAACUCAUUGUUCCAUGA